CUCCCUGCCAAACGCUUGCCUUCCAUACUUAUCUUCUUCGGAUUAGCUUUCUAGGUUUUCUAUUCAUCUCUCUCUCGCCAAAAGCUUUCCCUAUCUAUUGUCGCCCUUCUCUCUAUCUCCAUUUGGCUCAGAGGCUGCUCUAUUCUCGUCAUCAGUGGCUUUUGCAUUCCUUUCAUGUUGAUUGCCCAGCAUGUCCAACAAUCUUGUAUCACAGCAAUCAUCACUGCAGAGCAUCAAAUUGGGUCAGUCGGAAGACAUUUCAAACAAACUGGACUCGUUGAUGCAAAUGGGUUUGAUGGAACCUGGAAUCCAUGAUCCUGCAUUACAACAGAUGUCCAUGUCGAACAUGCAAAUGGGACAGACGGGACCAAUUUCAACUGAUGCUUUAUCACAGCAGAUGUCGAUAUCAAACAUCCAAGUACAGUUGUCAGAACCUUUGCCUAAUGAUCAUGUUUUGCAGAACUUCUCGGUAUCAAGUAUACAAGCAGGACACAUGGAACCACGUGCAUACAAUAUGGUUCCAGAGAAAUUCUUAUCUAGGAGGCAACUGGGAGACAUGGAAACUGUGUUUCAUAAUACUGGAUCACAGCAGUCAUCACUAUUGAACAAGCGAAAGGCCCCAGAGGAACCUUCUUCCAACAAUUCUUUGUCACGGAAAUUAUCAAUGUCUCACAACCAGGUUGCGCAAAUGGAACUUAGGCCAUGGCUACAGCCAACCCUGACACCAAAUAAAGUACCUGUACAGAUCCAGUCUAUUUUAAAUUCGUCAGGAUCAAAUCGUCCACAAGCACCAUAUAAGAGGUCAGCUUCUAGUAAAACUGGACUGCAGCAAUCGUCAGUUCAGAAAAAUCAAACUGGACUGAUGCAUCCAUCUUCGAAGGCCAACAGUGAGUCUGAUUCUGUGAGGUCUAAGCUAAGACAAUCACUGGCAGAUGCGCUGACUCUGGUUUCUCAGCAGCACGAUGAAACUUCAAGUUCUGGAAAGUACCCUGUAGGUGAGGAUGCAAGUGCUCAGGUGCAGAAACACAAAGAGACUCAACCUAUGGGACAAACUUCUGGUGCAGCUGGUUUUCACCAUUUGUCUGAGGAGCCCAAGGAAUCCUUGUCCACCAAGGACAAUUCUUUUACCCAAAACCAUUCUGACAGCCAUAAGACAUCUCAGGAAACUUCCAACUCUCAUGGAAAUGCUUAUGCAACAGAGACAUCAAACAAUGACGGGCAGGAAUUACCAUCCAGUAAUAUUUUCCGUGAUGAGGAUGUUUCAUUUAGUGACAGUUUUUUGGUAAAAGAUGAAUUGUUGCAGGGCAAUGGAUUGUCCUGGAUACUGGAACCUGAUGCAGAGAUAGCAGAGAAAAAGGAGAUUGAAGCUGCCCAAACACCGCAUGGCCAGGAGCAUAUCGAUGAAUAUGUUGGAAAAGAAGUAGUCAGGGAUCCGCGAGUUUUGGCCUCUGAAAUUGAAGCAGAACUCUUCAAAUUAUUUGGAGGGGUAAACAAGAAGUACAAGGAGAAGGGCAGGUCUCUUUUGUUCAAUUUGAAAGAUCGUAAUAAUCCUGAACUAAGAGAAAAAGUUAUGUCUGGAGAGAUUCCCCCAGGGCGACUCUGUUCUAUGACUGCAGAGGAACUUGCAUCUAAGGAGCUUUCGGAAUGGCGGAUGGCAAAAGCCGAGGAACUUGCUCAAAUGGUGGUUUUGCCUGAUUCGGAUGUUGAUAUCAGACGUUUGGUGAAGAAAACUCACAAGGGUGAGUUUCAAGUUGAAGUUGAACAGGAUAGUGUAGCAAUGGAGGUUGCUGUUGGGCUGAAUUCAUUCACUACACAACCAAAAUCAGAUGAGAAGGAAGGUUCUCUGGGUUCUAAACCCGAUCAAAUGAAAGACAAGGUGAAUGCUACCGAUGACAAGAGUGAUUUAGAAGACAAGGCAGCUUCUUAUACGCUUACGAUUCCUUCAAGUGAAGGAAAUGAUUUGAUGCAAGGACUCAUGGUGGAUGAUGAAUUGAAAGGUGCAGAAUUUCUUCCUCCAAUUGUCUCUCUGGAUGAAUUCAUGGAAUCCCUUGAUUCAGAACCACCGUUUGAAAAUUUACCAGAGGAUGCUGGAAAAACAACACCCACCCUUGACAAUGAUGAUUCACAGCUUCAGCCAGAAGCCAAGUCUCAUGGGGUAGCUACAAAAGAUGCUGUUGGUAGCAUCCCAGAAAAAUCUGAAAACGUUGAGGAAACUAGCACAUCAUCUGAGGCUGAUGGGAGAUAUGCCAGCAUUCGUGUAGAAUCCAAAACUACACCCUCUACUGGUGCAUCCAAGGGUGAAAAUGUCUGGGAAGGCUUACUUCAGCUGAGUAUUUCCACAAUGACCUCAGUUGUUGGCAUCUUUAAAAGUGGUGACAAAACGUCUGCAAAAGAGUGGUCUGGCGUUGUUGAGGUCAAAGGGAGAGUCAGACUUGAUGCAUUUGAGAAGUUUCUCCAGGAGCUCUUGAUGUCCCGAAGCCGUGCUGUUAUGGUAGUGCACUUUGUUUGCAAGGAGGGGUCCACGGAGAGUGAGAGGGCAAGUCUUAGAGGGGUUGCCGAUUCCUAUGUUUUGGAUGAGAGAGUGGGUUUUGCUGAGCCUGCUCAUGGAGUGGAACUUUAUUUAUGCCCAUCUCAUUCAAAGACACGUGAAAUGCUCAUCAAGGUCCUUCCAACGGACCAACUUGAGGCCCCUAAUGCUAUUGAUAAUGGUCUAAUUGGUGUUAUUGUAUGGAGAAGAGCUCAAGUAACGUCAAUAAUAUCACCCACCGCUGCAUCACACCAUAAACUCAACUCAAAAAAGCAACACCACCUUACUUCUAGGAGACACCAUGAUAAGGAUACUAAUAUGAAUGUGAAUAUUGCAUCAAAACAUCCGUUGCCACCACCUCGUGGUGGAACUUCUGCCCAUCCCAACCCCCAACCUGAUGAAGACGAUGAUGAUGUGCCUCCCGGGUUUGGCCCACUGGCUGGCCGGGAUGAGGAUGACUUACCGGAGUUCAAUUUUUCCAGUGGCUCCAUUGCAUCAGGAUCAGAGUUUUCGAACCAAAACCCUACUAGGAGACAGGGAAUGGCCCCUCACAAUUCAUAUCCCCAAAUCCCAUCUCAUCCUCUAGAUUUGAGAGAACUUGUACACAGAUAUGGACAACCUAAAACCGAUGUUCUACCAGUGCAGCCAUGGAAUGAUGAUGAUGAUGACGACGACAUGCCAGAGUGGCACCCAGAAGAAACCCCAAAGCAGCGCAGUACUCAUCCUCAGCCAAUGCACGUGCAUGGUGUACGGCAGCCUAUUCUAAGAGCCCACAUGGUGCAGCAAAGAGUACACCAGACAAGGGCACCAUUAGGAAGAUCUCCAGCCAUGCCUCAAGUGAAUCUGAUACAUGGUCAGCAAAACGGUGCCUCUUCUUGGCAGCAAGGCGCUUGGGCAGCUCCUCAGCCUGGACCCCAUGGUUACUCUGCUUAUCAAUCUGGUGGAGGGCUAGUCAAUGGCGCGCCCGGGCUGCAGGGCUUGGCUUGGCGUAGAGAUGCUCCUACAAGUAGAGGCUUUUGAUUAUGUUAGUUUUCUUUCUGUUUUCCAUCUCUAUGGUUCUGUAACCAUGAUUAUUUUCAAUUCAUUGUUACUGUAAUUAGAUUUUCCAGAGCCAAUCAAAAGUUAGAAUACUAGUCAUGCAAAAA